UAGUGUAGGUGUGGCCGUGGUGGAGGUGUGGCUCGCUCUCCAGCCUCCAAGCCCCUCACUUCCUCCUCGUCCUUGUGGUUGUAAUGCCGCGGUGUUGGAGGAUGACCAGUUCCCGUGCCGCACCAGAGGCCUCAGCUCAGACGUUCCCGCAGCCGAAGGUCAACCCCAGUGAGCCGCAAGUACGAGGUAGGUGCUCGUGGACACCAGCAGAGGACGCUAAGGACUCACCAGUGAUGGGCAAGAACCUUCUGACGGCUCCUGGGGGCGUGGACGUCCUUAGUGUGACAGGUAAGGACGCCAAGAUGCCCUCCAAGAACAAGGACGUUCUGUACCGUCCAUUAAUGUUGAUUAGGCUGACACUCCGGCUGCUAGGUAUCGUCCCCUACACCUACAGCAGAACCCUACAGGAGUACGUCUUAGCCUGGCGUAGCGUCGCGGCCCUCCACACUCUCCUGGUCUUCGCCUGGCUCACCGCCCUCCUCAUCACCACCUCCGUCGGCCUCGUCAGGAUGUUCCUCAGAUCACAGUUCCUGGAUAAGUCAUCAGAGAGCCAUGAGACAGAGCUCCUAGGUGUAGUAAUCAUCGUCGGGUGUCUACUGAACGCCUGGGUGGAAGUCCUAAAUGUAGUCCUUUAUGGCCAUCCUAUCUGUAAAUUCCUCAACCAAUGGAAGGUCCUAGUGGCUGAGACGUCCCUAGACCCGACGAAGGGGCUGAGGGUCUCGUCCAUCGUCCACGCUCUAUUUCUCUACGCCUUCGUGAUAGCGGUUUUGGUGGUGGCCGUCAUAGGACCUCCAGAUAAACUAAUGGACAUAGUCGACCUUUUAGCCCAAGUGCUGUUUAUGGUGUCUCCUGAGUGGCUGAGGCAGGGAACUCCGAGUGUCCAGGUAGUACGAGUGGUGGUGGGUGUUGUUGUGGGUCACCUCUAUAUGGUGUAUAAAGGAUCGCUCUUUCUUCUCGUCUCAAUCUGUCAAAUGUUGUAUAAUGUUUUCAACUGUUGGAGGCAUCAGUUGACAAGUACACUAGAGGCUGCUUGGACCAAUGGGGAAGCGGUACACACGAAUCAUGGACCGGUACACACGAAUCAUAGACCGGUACACACGAAUCAUGGACCGGUACACACGGGCCAGGUGGUAGAGAUGUCCCAACUGGUACAGAGCCACUGGCAGAUGGUACAGAUGGUCCGUGAGACAGAAACCAUCUUCUCUUCUACACUACAAUGUUUUUAUGCUACACAGGUAGUGACGCUGUGCUUGGAAUUGUACCUCAUCGCGUACCGUAUCGGCAUAGGUGCGGGGUACCAUGGACAAGAGGCUGUGUGGCAGACCCUAAUUAUGGUCCAGACUUGCAUAGUGUUCUUCCUCGUGUCGCUCAAAGCCAGUAGAGUGGGUGAAGAGGCCGAGACGAGCGUGGAUGUACUUAGACGCGGCCUACCCUACACUGCCUCAGAUAAGGACAAGUUCCAUUUCCGAGAGUUGACGGUGGCGCUGACGUCGUCUCCUGUGUGUAUAACUGGUGGUCGCUUCUUCACUAUCAACAGACCUUUCAUUAUUACGGUGGUGGGAGCUGUAUUGUCAUAUUUCAUAAUAGUUCUUCAGCUGAAAUUACCAUCCGUGUCACAAGAGAGAGCCCUGCUAGCUGCUGACAACAGUACUGGGGUCUAGCUGUUGUCAACGGUACUGUAGUCUGCCUGUUGCCAACGGUACUUUGAUCAAGAACCCGUGAGAGAGAGAGAGAGAGAGAGAGAGAGAGAGAGAAUAAACAGACGAGAUGCGACAGAAAGGCACAGAUAUAACAUAUGUCAUAGUCACCCCUCAAAGAUGCAUCGCACCAAAGAAAACUUUAACCGCUAACUUAAGUAAAACAUUAAAUAUACACUUUUGCACUUUAUACUUAAUUGGGAGUGUAAAGUGUACCAGUUAAUAUUAGUGUUUAUUCUAAGUAUUUUUAAGUAAUUAGUCUUACAAUGGCAAAUCUAAAUGUGUAUGUGUUUGUAGUUAUUAAAGUAAAAGGAUUAUACAUUAUUGGAACAUAUUGGUAUCGUCUUAUAUUCACUUGUCCCUCCAAAAAUAUUCAUAGUCUUAUAUAAAAUAGUAAAUAUCUUUCUUGUUUGUGAAAUAAAAAUGUUAAAAUGUUUAUCGUCAAUAAGUUUAUUAUAAAAAUGUGA